GAUCCCGGAAAAGUUCUCUCAAUAUGUGUUUGGAUGAAAUGACAAAAUGAUGUGGCUGUGGGCGACUUUACGCAUUUUUCUAAUGGUGGUUGUAUAUGGCUCAGUCAGCACAACAUCCUCAAGAACGUUUGAGAUAGAUUUUGAGCACAAUUGUUUUCGUAAAGAUGGGCAGCCUUUCCAUUACAUUUCAGGAAGUAUUCAUUAUUCUAGAAUUCCACAAUUUUAUUGGAAAGACCGCCUACUGAAGAUGAAGAUGGCAGGAUUAGAUGCUAUUUACACUUAUGUACCAUGGAAUUUCCAUGAGACAAAGCCAGGUGUUUACAACUUUUCUGGAGAUCAUGAUAUUGAGUCAUUCUUGAAACUUGCAAAUGAAAUUGGGCUGCUGGUGAUCCUGAGAGCAGGUCCUUACAUAUGUGCAGAAUGGGACAUGGGAGGUUUGCCAGCAUGGCUUCUAGCAAAAGAAUCAAUUGUCCUUCGAAGUUCUGAUCCAGAUUAUCUUCAGGCUGUGGAUAAUUGGAUGGGAGUGUUUUUGCCCAAGAUGAAACCUUUGUUGUACCACAAUGGCGGCCCAAUUAUAAGUGUCCAGGUUGAAAAUGAGUAUGGCAGCUAUUUUACUUGUGAUUACAAUUAUCUACGACAUCUCUUACAACUUUUCCGCCAUCACUUAGGGGACGAGGUGAUUUUAUUCACAACUGAUGGCUCUGCGCUACAGCUUGUAAGGUGCGGAACUAUUCAAGGCUUAUACACAACAGUAGAUUUUGGACCAGGUUCCAAUAUUACUGAAACAUUUUUAGUUCAAAGACACUGUGAGCCAAAAGGACCAUUGAUUAACUCAGAAUUCUACACAGGGUGGUUGGAUCACUGGGGCGAGCCACACUCGGUAGUAGCAACAGAGAGGGUAACCAAGUCACUGGAUGAGAUCUUGGCCAUUGGAGCAAGUGUUAACAUGUAUAUGUUUAUAGGAGGCACCAAUUUUGGCUACUGGAAUGGUGCCAACACACCGUAUGCACCACAGCCGACCAGUUAUGAUUAUGACGCCCCUUUAUCAGAAGCUGGGGAUUUGACUGAUAAAUAUUUUGCCAUCAGAGAAGUUAUAAAAAAGUAUAAGGAGAUACCAGAGGGUCCUAUUCCACCAUCAACACCCAAAUAUGCAUAUGGAGAAAUUAAAAUGGAGAAGGUGAAACCAGUUAUUGAGGCUUUGGAUAUAUUGGCCCCAUAUGGAGCAGUACAGAGUACUUAUCCUCUAACAUUUGAUCAAAUGAAACAGUAUUUUGGCUUUGUGCUGUAUAGAACAACGUUACCUAUAAAUUGCAGUAAUCCAACAACACUGACUACGUUAUUUAACGGAGUUCGGGACCGUGCCUAUGUUAUGGUUAAUGGGGUUCCACAAGGUGUUCUUGAAAGAGAUAAACAGACUGCCAUAAAUGUAACUGGAGCAGCGGGAGCAGAACUGGACUUGCUGGUGGAAAGUAUGGGCAGGGUUAAUUUUGGAAGAUACAAUAAUGAUUUUAAGGGUUUGCUUACCAAUGUAACCCUCAAUGGAGAGACGCUAGUGAACUGGACAAUGUACCCUCUAGACAUAGAUAGUGCUAUUAAUAGUGGGCUUUUGUCCACCAUUCAUAGUCCAUAUACGUCCACCUUUUCAGCUCCGACGUUUUACAAAGGCAGCCUAAUUAUUCCCACUGGAAUUCCACAAUUACCCCAGGAUACCUUUAUUCAAUUUCCAGGAUGGACAAAAGGACAGAUAUGGAUCAAUGGAUUUAACCUGGGGCGGUACUGGCCAGUAAGAGGUCCUCAGGUUACCUUGUAUGUUCCCAGGAACAUUUUAACAACAACUCAAAUUAACAACAUUACUGUACUAGAGCUGGAAAAUUCUCCUUGCAACAGUGGAAAAUGUGUUGUGGAGUUUGUGGACAAGCCAGUUCUCAAUAAAGUAAAUCAAUCUGCUGAUGAACACAUAUUCAGCAAAGAAAAAAUUCACUAAUUAAACGAAAAGAUAUUGGCAUAAUCCUUAUUUCAAGGUAGAAAUGUGGGGCUGCAGACAUUGAAUUAAAUCUUCAGGCAUUUAUUAUCAACAUUAUUUAUACACGUAUAUACACACUUGAGGAUAAUAAAUAUCGAAAGCACAGCACUAAAAUGGUAAUUCUGGUGUGCCUGGGGUUAAUGUAUAUAAUCUAAUCAUUUUGUAAUUAUGUGAAGGAACCCUAAAAAAAA